UCUCCCCCGGCGAUCAUCAUGACUGCGUCUCUUGACUAUCUGGUGAUCUUGUUCGGGACGACUGCUGGUGCUCAGGGGGCUAAACUGGGAUCCGAUGAGAAAGAGCUGGUCCAGCUGCUGUGGAAAGUGGUGGAUCUGGCCCGCAAGAAGGCGGGGAGCCUGCAUGAAGUGCUGGUCAGACCGGAGCACUUGGACCUGACCGAGGAAUGCAAAGAAACAACCAAGCUGGAGGUGGAGAGCCUGGCGCGAGCCCCGCAGCUGGAACAAGCCCUGCAACAGUUUAACCAGUCUGUGAGCAAUGAACUGAAUAUUGGUGUAGGUACUUCCUUCUGUCUCUGUACUGAUGGACAGCUUCAGAUCAGACAGCUUCUGCAUCCUGAGGCUUCCAAAAAGAAUAUCUUAUUGCCUGAAUGCUUCUACUCCUUUUUUGACUUGCGGAAAGAGUUCAAGAAAUGUUGCCCUGACUCAUCUGAGGUUGACAAACUGGAUGUUGCUGCCAUGACAGAAUAUUUAAAUCUUGAAAAGAGCAGUCCAGCAUGGCGUUUUGGAGCAUCUCAAGUGGAAGAUAUGGGCAAUAUUAUUUUAACACUAAUUUCUGAAGUAUACAAUCACAGAUUUGCAGAUCCAGAAAGAGUGAACUAUAAAUUUGAAAGUGGUACCUGCAGCAAGAUGGAACUUGUAGAUGAUAAUACCAUAAUCAGAGCAAGAGGCUUACCGUGGCAGUCAUCUGACCAGGACAUCGCAAGAUUCUUCAAAGGCCUAAAUAUUGCCAAGGGAGGUGCUGCACUUUGUCUCAAUGUACAAGGAAGGAGGAAUGGGGAAGCUCUCGUCAGGUUUGUAAGUGAAGAGCAUAGAGAGUUAGCACUACAAAGACACAAGCACCACAUGGGGAAUCGGUACAUUGAGGUGUACAAGGCAACAGGUGAAGAUUUCCUUAAAAUUGCAGGAGGUACUUCCAAUGAAGCAGCUCAGUUUUUAUCGAAAGAAAACCAGGUGAUUGUCCGGAUGCGAGGUCUUCCUUUCAAUGCAACGACAGAAGAAGUACUGACGUUUUUUGGCCAGCACUGCCCAGUAACAGGAGGAAAGGAAGGAAUCCUGUUUGUCACAUACCCUGACAACAGGCCAACGGGAGAUGCCUUUGUGUUGUUUGCUUGUGAGGAAUAUGCACAAAAUGCACUAAAAAAACAUAAGGACUUGCUGGGUAAAAGGUACAUUGAACUCUUCAGGAGCACGGCAGCAGAGGUUCAGCAGGUGCUGAAUAGGUACUCUUCUACACCUCUCGUUCCCCUUGCAGCACCGCCUAUCCUUCCCGUGUUACCUCAGCAAUUCAUGCCUCCGACCAAUGUCAGAGACUGCAUACGUCUGCGUGGUCUUCCCUAUGCUGCCAUUAUAGAGGACAUUUUGGAAUUCUUGGGGGAGUUUUCUGCAGAUAUUCGGACCCAUGGGGUUCACAUGGUAUUAAAUCACCAGGGCCGUCCAUCAGGAGAUGCCUUUAUCCAGAUGAAAUCUGCAGACCGAGCAUUUUUGGCUGCACAGAAGUGUCAUAAGAAAACCAUGAAGGACAGAUACAUUGAAGUCUUUCAGUGUUCUGCAGAGGAGAUGAACUUUGUAUUAAUGGGGGGCACUUUAAAUCGAAAUGGCUUGUCCCCACCACCAUGUAAGUUACCAUGUCUUUCUCCUCCGUCCUACUCACUUCCAGCUCCUGCAGCAGUUAUUCCAACAGAAGCUGCCCUUUAUCAGCCCUCCGUGCUUUUGAAUCCACGAACACUCCAGUCCUCCACAGCAUACUAUCCAGCUGGCGCUCAGCUCUUCAUGAACUACACGUACUAUCCCAGUCCCCCAGGUUCACCUCAUACCCUUGGCUACUCCCUUUCAGCGGCUAACACUAAUGUCCCUCCUCAGCAUGGCAUGAUGGUCAAAAUGCAGGGCCUGGCUUACAGUUCUGGGUUUAAGGAAAUUCUUAACUUGUUCCAAGGUUACUAG